ACAUGAGCUCUGAACUGACUGUGUGGCUCCCCCGCUUCCUGGCUAUGAGGUUCUGGAUGUGUUACUGCCUCCCACCUAUAAGAUGGGACAAGGUCCUUGCCUCCCUGAUUGAGGUGCAGUACGGUGAGAGGGAAGAGCCUCAGAGGGAGAGGGAGCACUGCGUGCCGCAUAAACUGGCCAGUCCUUGCUCCAGGGCUCAGGCUUCUUUCUGCGGCUGCUGUUACUUUUGUUUUCUGGUCUUGCCCACCAACCUUUCUGACAAUGAUCCCAAAAGGAGGUUCCUGUCCACCCAGGGGGCAUCUGGAGGAGUUAGCAUGGAGAAGACUUCAGCUGCAGAUCCCCGCAUCCCCAUAGAAAGCCUGAGCAACUCAAAGCUAGGGUGGGGGGAGGUGCUGAGGACUCCAGAAAACACCUUCUUCCCACUUAGGCCAUCUUGUCAUAGAAGGUUUUGAAGAGAGCAGGAGCAAGUGCAGUUCUUCAUGUAGAAGACCCCCCUAGACCUAUGUGUGGGACACACUGGAGCAGGGAGGCAGUAGAGGCUGGGAGGCCUGGGUGGAGGCUGGGGUGAGGAGGCCCGAGCUGGGGCGGGGUUGUGAAGGUGGAGAAGCAGGCACUCAAGAAGAGAGUCAAGGGCAGGAGGGACAGGGCUUGGGUCUGACAUUCUGUCUGGGGACUAGGGUCAAGGGGUAAUGGACAGCGCCCAGGGUCCAGCUCCAUGCGAGGGUGGGCCCUGGGUCCUCCCUGAGACAGGGAGCCCGGUUGAAAGAGCAGGGGUGGGAGCAGAUGGUGAGCUGGGCUAGGACAUUGGGAAGGUGAGGAACUCGGGGGAUAUCCAGGACACAGCUAGACACACAGGUCCAGGGUUUAGCUGAAAGGUCAAGGACACUUAAGACUGUCCACGGGCUGUGAGCAGGGGAAGGGGGGCGCCGCUCUGGGCACAGAAAGACCCUCUGGGGUUUUGAGGGGGGCAGACUGGAGGCCGGGAGAAGCUGGUGCAAUACGACCGACAGGUGUAUUCAUCGAAUGUGCCAGAGACACUGGGGACAUAGUUGUGACCAAAUCUGCACACCACUAGCCCUCACAUUGCUCAUACUGGAGGGUAGGAGGGACAGACAAUAAACAUAAUCAGGGAAACACUGCAGUAUGUCAGUUGGUAAUCCAGGAUCUGGAGGCAGACAGGGAGCGAAAGGGAACGGGGGGGACCCGUGGGUGGUUAUUUUAAAUAGGCUGGUCAGGGUUGUUGCUCAGGAGAAGGUCCAACUAAGGAAAGCCCUGAACCAGGUGGCAGAGUCAGGCAGAUAACUGGGGAGGAGCGUGCAAAAGAGCAUCCUGGGCAGAGGGAAGAGCCAGUGCGAAGGGCUGGAGUGCAGUCAACAUGGGUGGGCGAUGGGAGGCUGAAGUCAGAGGCCGCAAGAACCACAUCCCGUAGGACCUCAGAGGCCAGUGGUUUUCAAGCCCUGGUGUGUGCAAGAAGCUCCUGGGAGCUUGCAGAAAUGCAGACUCCUGGGUCCCACCCUUCAUUCCUGACCAGUAGGUCUGAGGCAGGGCCAGGAAACCAAGUUCCCAGCCGCUGCUGCUCCAGGAACGCACUUGAGAGCCGUUCUUGCGGACCAUUGAACUGACUUCAGCUUGAGGUGGGAGCCAUCAGAGGGUUUUAGGGAGAGAGAAAGAGGCAGGAUCUGACCAAGGCCACGAGGGCCAAAGGCGGAAGCAGGGAGACCUGUGAGGAGGUCAGCAGUGGUUCAGACCAGUCGCAACCCCAAGACGAGGGCUGGCAGAGAGGGGCAAGUGUGAGAGGGGAGGGGUAGGAAGAUGAUGGAUCUGACUCUGUGCCAAACCUGCCCCACACAUGGGAGAGGCUGUGUCUGCACUAACUGAUAACUAAUUAUCCUCCUGAAGGCCAUCUUCAUACCAGCCCUGUCCGGUGGGGUUUUGUAACCUCACUUUCCAGAUGGGGAAGUUGGGGCCCAGCUGGACAGAAAGGAUGGACCCAGGAGAUAUUGGGACUGGCUGUAUUGGGGCGGGGGUGUGGGGGGGGGGAGGGCAAUUCCCAGGUCUCCCAGAUGGAGGACCUAAGAGAUGGACCUGCUGACUCAGAGAGGCUCUGGAUGGUGGCAGGCCUGGCUCCGCCCCCUCAGGAAAGCAUCUGGCCCAGUAACCUGUCCUCUGGGGGAGCUUCAGGUGAGCACCUCCAGGCCUUCCAGGAUAGUAACGCUUCCUCUCUCUCCACAGUCCAGGCCUGCAUUCCUCCCUGCGGACUCCAGGAGGUCGCCCGGCGUUUCCGCUGCCGCGGGUGCUACUCCACCGUCUGCGACCUCCCGCUGGACUGCCCAGUCCAGGACUUGACGGUGACUCGGGGUAAUGAAGCUAAGUUCUCUUGCACUGUGAACUUCGAACUGCCUAAGGAGGAAAUCACCUAUUCCUGGAAGUUCGCAGGAGGAGGUGUGAGUCCGAGCAGGGCCAGCGCAAAGGGCUUAGGAGGAGGGUUAUGCUUCCCUAGAGGAUGCGGGGCCAGGACGCGCGGGUGGGGAUCGGGGGAGCUGGGUCUAGAUUCAGGCUUCGUGCAAGGGGGGGGGGGGGUCCCGGGAUUUAGAAGUGGAGGCAAGGCUCCGGAGGCCGCUUCUAGGGGCGGGGUCGUGCGUGAAGGGUCGGUGACUCCGAGGUUAGGGAUGGGCCCAGGGCUCAAGGAGGCGUGGUCUAGCUCGGGGGCGGGGCUUGAGCGUGGCGUACUGGCUAGACCCGGCAGAGGGAAUCUGACCUGGGCUCGGGCGAGGCUCCUCUCCUCCCGCCGCUUCAGCCCGAGCGCCCCUCAGGUCCGGACGCAGGACGUGUCCUAUUUCCAAGACCUCCCGUGGGCCCGGGGAUACCUGGCGCGGAUCCGGCCGGUGCAGCCCGCGCACCGUGGGACAUUCUCUUGCGUGAUCGUGCACGACCAGAUCCCGCUGGCUCGGCUCUACUUCUUUCUUAACGUGACUGGUGCGCCCCCACGUGGGGAGACCGAGCUCCAGGUCUCCUUUCGGGAAGUGUUGCGGUGGGCGCCCCGGGAGGCAGACAUGAUCAAACCUUGGAGGCCAAGCCUGGGCGAGCUGCUGGCCAAGCCCGAGGCUCUGACGCUGAGCAACCAGUGCCUGCUCGCGGCUGUCGUGGCCUUAGCGUCAGCCGGUACGACCCUUAUGGUGUGGAUGUUCUUUCGAUGGUACUUCCAGGGCAGCUAACAAAGGUAUCUUUUUCUUCCUUAUCCUGUUUUCAUUCCUAAAAUAAAGAAUAUAUUUCAGC